UUUAGCUGUCAGCUUUCUUACACCAUCCUUAGUUUUUUUAAAAUCCACAGCCAUUAUAUUAUUUAUUAUCCUGAUUCGAUCCAGAAAUCAAUUAUAGAUCUGAGAGACAAAUUAAAAAGACAGACAAAGAAAGGGGGCUGUCGAACUAUUGGGCUAUCUUCAUCAAGAGUUUUUUUUUUUCCUUAAAUUUUGCAAAGAAUUAAGAAAAUUAAAUAUGGGUUGUAUUGAAGUUGCAAUGGAAUUGGGAUUUGGGGAGAAAAUGGGGGUUUUGUGGGGUGUAAUAAUUAGGGUUUGGGUGGUGAUUCCUGUGCUGAGAAUUGGUCUAUACAUUUGCUUGUUGUUGUCUUUCUUGUUGUUCUUGGAAUGGGUUCAUAUGAUGUUUCUUGCUGUUCUUGGGAAGAUCAUCUUUCGAAGAAGCCCACAAAAGAGGUACAAAUGGGAAGCAUUCAAGAAUUAUGAUGAUGAUGAUUUGGAGAUUGAUGGGAGGUGUGUAGAUUUGGAUUUUCCUAUGGUUCUUGUUCAAAUCCCUAUUUACAAUGAGAUUGAGGUAUACAAGAUUUCGAUUGGAGCAGCCUGCAACCUGUCGUGGCCUGUGGAUAGAUUGGUUGUUCAAGUUUUGGAUGAUUCAACUGAUCUUCUAAUUAAGGAUAUGAUCCAAAAAGAAUGUGUGAAGUGGGCAAGCCAAGGCAUCAACAUUAAGUAUCAAAUUAGAGAAACGAGGCUCGGCUACAAAGCCGGGGCACUUAAAAAUGGCUUGGCGUAUAACUAUGUCGAAGAAUGUGAGUAUGUCGCCAUCUUCGACGCUGACUUUAGACCCGAACCAGACUUUCUCCGGCAGGCCAUUCCGUAUCUUGUACACAACCCGGAAAUUGGACUUAUACAGGCUCGUUGGAGGUUUGUUAAUGCAGACGAAUGCUUCUUGACGAGGAUGCAAGAAAUGUCGCUCGACUACCAGUUUAUAGUCGAGGAAGAAGGCGGAUCAUCCAUUCAUUCUUUCUUCAGUUUUAACGGUAGCGGAGGAAUAUGGAGAAUUGCGGCAAUCAACGAGGCGGGAGGCUGGAACGAUAGGACCACCGUCGAAGAUAUGGAUCUCGCCGUUCGAGCUGGACUCAAGGGCUGGAAGUUCGUCUAUUUAGGAGAUCUCCAGGUGAAGAGCGAACUUCCGAGCACUUUCAAGGCGUACCUUUCUCAGCAACACCGAUGGUCGUGUGGCCCGGCAAAUUUAUUCCGGAAAAUGGCGAGGGAAAUCUCGAAGAACAAGGAAGUAUCGGCGUGGAAAAAACUCUACAUGAUAUAUAACUUUUUCUUCAUUCGUAAGAUCGUCGGGACGAUGUUCACCUUCGUGUUUUACUGCGUUGUGCUUCCAUUGGUAAGUUUAUUCCCCGAAGUCGAUGUUCCCAAAUGGGGAGCCAUCGUCGCUACUUUCAUUAUCGCCACCGUAAACACGCUCGUUACGACUCCGAGGUCAAUUCAUUUGGCGGUGCCGUGGGUACUUUUCGAGAACGUAAUGUCGUUUCAUCGAAUGAAAGCUUUGCUCAUCGGGCUUUUCGAAACGAAGAGGGCUAACGAAUGGGUCGUCACUGAAAAGCUCGGCGACACUCGCAAGAAUUUGGAAGCGAUCAAGACGGGGGCGUCGACACGAAUCGACGGCUUAAAGGAUAGGAUACGGUUUCAAGAGUUGGGAAUCGCCGUGUUCCUUUUCGCUUGUGGAUGCCACGGGAUCUUCUAUGGUGCGGACAGAUACUAUUUCUAUCUCUUUCCUCAAUCUGUUUUUUUUACGAUGGCGGGAUUUGGAUUGUUCGGCACUGUUGUCCCGACUUCUUACAACCUUUGCUAGAUAGAAGCCUCCAUUGAUGCAGACAUCUUCUUGAUUCUUAACGCAGCAUUGCGUUGCAUUGUAUUUUAUUACAGUAGCGAAUGAUAUGUGAUAGACAAAACCACAAAACCAAAGACAGUCACAAAAUUUGAAAUCUUUGGUUGGUUGAUUGAAUGAUUGAAAUUAAACCCAAUUUGUAGAAAUCAUUAUUUGAUAGAAGCAAAUUUUGUUUUUAUAUUGAAUCAAAACUUGAAUAUUACCUACAAAUU